AUGUUUCUAAAAAGGCUUGCGAUUAAAAAUGCCCGUAAUUCACGCCUUUCUUUAGAAAAUAACAAUCAACAAUCACAACAACAAUCAAUUAGUUCCAGUUCGGAUAGUUCAUUAUCAUUAACGAGUUCUUCGAACGCAAGACGUUCUUCUAAUAUUACUUCAAUACCUGAAAAUAUUGAAGUUCAUCCGCUAUCUUUUGAUGAACAUGAUGAUAGUGGUAAAAUACAUAGACUGCGUAGAUCCGCAUCAUCUUAUUCUUUUAAAAAAGUUCAAGAUACGAGAAGACAUUCCGUUGGUCCUAUUUAUAUCAAACAAAAUAUCGAACAAAAUAUCGAACAAAAAAGAUUUGAACCUUGUUGUGAUCCUAUAAUUAUUAAAGAAUUAAAUGAACUUUCACAAGAAAGUUACGAAAUUGUUAAAUGUCCAAAAGUGCAAAAUGAUAAAAAAUGGUAUUUUAAAAUUAUUACCAAAUUCAAAAAGUUCAAAAUACGUUGCCAUCAAGGACAAAAAAGUCAUAUCGUUACCGCAAAACGUAUUAAAAAUGGAAAGAUGGUUGUAAUUAAACGCAUUGAAAAGAAAAACCUUACAGGUUCGGAUUAUUACAAACCUGCAUGUAAUGUUGGUGCGGACUGCGAAUGCGCUGGAUGCAUUAUUUCAAAGUUACAAUCAUCUCCUCCUCUUUCAAUUCUUUCAACAGGAUCAUCCAAUCCAACGAUCCAUUCAGCAAGAAUUACGUUCAAUGAAGAAUCAUUGAAUCCAACGAUCCUUUCAGCAAGAAUUACGUUCAAUGAAGAAUCGAUUAUUAAAACUGUAGCUGUUGAUCCAAGUGAACAAAUCUCUUUACAAAAUUUUGAUUCAACUCAAAAUUCUCCACAAACAUCAAUUCUUAAUAAUUCUUCUCAACUUAAUUCACCAAGAACGUCAGUUCAUAAUUUUCAAUCUCAAUAUAAUAAUUCUCCAAGAUCAUCAAUUUAUAAUAUACAAUCUCAAUAUAAUAAUAAUUCUCCAAGAUCAUCGAUUCAUAAUAUUCAAUCUCAAUAUAAUAAUAAUUCUCCAAGAUCAUCGGUUUAUAAUAUUCAAUCUCAAUAUAAUAAUACUUCUCCAAGAUCAUCGGUUUAUAAUAUUCAAUCUCAACCUAAUACUUCUCCUCGCUCCAAUAUACCCAACUCGGUUGGCUUUACACCAAUUGUCCGACAAAUCGAUAAGUUGAAGAAAGAAUCGAACGCAUUUUUAACUUCUUCAUCUUCAACUUCUAUUAAUUAUCCUACCGCAUCUAUUAAUUCCCAAUCUCAAUCUCAAUCUUCUCCUGCUUUAUCUAUUAAAUCUGAUUCUUCCUCAAUGUUCGUACAACCACCUUCAAUAAAUUAUAUACCGAUCGAAUUGCAAAGUUUACAUGCGAAAUUUAAUGAAUUUCCUGCCUAUAUAGACUAUUUUGAUGAUGGAAGAUAUUAUUACUAUAUUACUAAAAUUCAUGGAGUCAGGCAAAGAAAGUUAAAGAAACCUUCCAGUUGGUUUAAAAAAAAGUAUUUUAAAGUUAAUUGGGAAGAAUAUUUAAAUAGUUAA